AUGACCGGAUUCAAGACUGUGACGUUUGCCAAGCAUGAGGGAGUCGACAUCAAGCUCGACUACAUGCUCCCCGCGGCCGCUACUCCCGGGAGCAAGGUUCCCAUCCUCCUCUGGUUCCACGGCGGCGGCCUCCUCAUGGGCACGCGCACGUGUGCAUGGUCCCACCUCGUCAACGCGGUUGAGAAGCAUAACCUUUGCCUCGUAACAGCCGACUAUCGCCUCGCACCUCAGACGCGCAUGCCGGGCAUCAUGCUAGACGUCAAGGCUGUGAUGGAUUACCUCAACUCGCCCGACUUCCUCGUCGAGACAGGCGGUGUGGUGGACCAGCAGAAGAUUAUCGUCUCGGGCGGCUCGGCUGGAGGAUGGCUCGCGCUGCUCAUUGCGACUGGAGUUGGAUUCGAGGCAUGCGGCCUCAUGGCGCCCCCAAAGCCACUGGCCGUCGCUCCACUCUACCCCAUCACCGACAUCGAGGCACACUUCUUCACCUCCAAGCAGUACCCUGUGUCGUACGUCAAGCAGAUGAUCCCCGAGUCGGCUGUCGCACCGUUCCUCGACCCCAACGCACCGCAGUCCAGCGAGUGUGCCCUCACUAGUCCUCGAAUGAAGAUGUACCCUUACAUGGUCCAGGAGGCGAUCGAGCAGCAACUUCUUCUCGAAGGGACCAGCAUUCCCGCCAGCGCAUUCAGCAUUGCUCCCGCAGUUGCUGCCGGCCAGUGCUCAAUGCCACCCAUGUACAUUGUGCACGGAACCAUUGACGACAAGGUUCCCAUCAGCCAGUCCGAGGACGUGGUCAAGGCAUGCCAGGCGCGGGGAUUCGAGGUCGAGUUUGAGGUCCUCGAAGGUGUGGACCAUCUCUUUGACAUGGACCCGAAGUACCAGCUUGAAAACAUGUACGCCUUCAUUGACAAGCUGGUCAAGUAG